GCUGUCAGAUGUGACAGAUUAUUUUACAUAGCAAAACAUUGCGACGAAAAAAAAGUCGCGUAAUAAAAAUCGAAAUUGUACAAUGUUUUUUCGCCUUGAUCAUUAAAUUUCGUAUAGUUUAUUGAGUGAAUUAAUUUAACUGUGUCAGAAAAAUGUUGAGAAAUUUCAUAAAAAUUCCAUCGCAGACUGGUAUCUUGCGCCAAAUUCCACGAAAAAUUAGUACAUUGCAGAAAAUUAGUAAUUCUAGCAGGAAUGAUGCAGUAUUAAAUGCAACAUCCGGACAUCUCUUGGCAAACAGAGCCACAGCAGUGACAAUACAAUCGUAUCGUACAAUGUUUAUUCAAACUCAGGAGACACCGAAUCCGGAUUCCUUAAAAUUUGUACCGGGCGUUGAAGUAUUGGGAAAAGGCAGUACGAUGGACUUUCCGAGCCUAGAGAGUGCACAUUCAAGUCCAUUGGCCAAGCUGCUAUUCCGCAUCGAAGGAGUGCGUGGUGUAUUUUUUGGAAAUGACUUCAUUACAGUGUCCAAACAAGAAGAAACUGAAUGGGGUUUAUUAAAACCAGAAAUAUUUGCGGUCAUCAUGGAUUUCUUUGCCAGCGGAUUACCAAUCGUGCACGAAAAAACAAACAACGAAUCGCAAAUUAAUGAAGACGACGAUGAAACGGUUAUGAUGAUCAAAGAGCUAUUAGACACACGCAUUCGACCGACCGUACAAGAGGAUGGCGGCGAUAUUACAUUCAUUUCGUUUAAAGACGGUAUUGUUUCAUUAAGAAUGCAGGGUUCGUGCACAUCGUGCCCCAGUUCGAUCGUUACAUUAAAAAACGGUGUCCAAAAUAUGCUGCAAUUUUAUAUCCCAGAAGUUGUGAGUGUAGAGCAAGUGUUUGACGAAUCGGACAAAAUGUCACAAAAAGAGUUUACAAAAUUGGAAGAGAAAAUUAUGACAAAACCAAAAGCCGCAACGGAUGAAAAUGAGGCAAAAUAGAAUUAAAAAUAUCGAAUGAAAUUUACCCUAUGAAUAUGUAAAUAGCUUGUUAAUCGAAAGAUAAAGAAAAAAAAACGCGCUUAAUUCAAGGCUGCAGAAAUGAA